CUAGACUGCUCCUUUCAGGAUCAAGUUUUAUAAAUAGCUUAUUCCUUGUCUUGGGCAGUCUUCUUAACUCCUCGAAGACGUCCGGUUCUGCGGGCGGCGAUAAGACCACACUUUCUACCGGCGGGUCGCUCACGUCCGGUGGUGGAAGGCAUACCAAUGUGCUGAUGGUUACCUCCUCCGUGGGGAUGCUCUACUGGAUUCUUAGCAACACCACGAAUCUUAGGCCAGCAGUUGCGCUUGACGGCGUACUUGUGGUAGGCACGUCCGGCCUUCAACAAGGGCUUGUCUGUACGACCACCUCCAGCGACAAUACCAAUCUGGGCACGGACAGUGGAGGGGACGGUCUUCUUACCUCCCGAAGGAAGUCGAAGCUUGGUGGUUCCCUUGUCUUCGUCGUGGGUGACAACGAUGGCAUACGAACCGGAGGCACGGGCAAAGGCACCGCGAUCACCAGCCUUAGCUUCGAUGUUGCAGACAAUGGUUCCCUCGGGAACAGCAGUCAAAGGCAAGACGUUACCGCAGGCCAAAGACGCCUUCUUACCGCAGUAGACGAACUGUCCGGUGUACAUACCCUCGGUACAGAGGAACAAUUCAUUGUCGCGCUGGUAUCGGUAAGCGUUCAAGAACUGAACACGGCAGACGGGAGCACCUCGGCCAGGGUCAUGCAUGAUCUCCUUAACCACACCUCGGAUGUAACCCUGCUUUUCGGCGUAGUCCAACGAUCGGAGCUUCACAGCACCCUUUCGGGUGCGUGUGUGCGCCUGGAAGAUGGUGGACUUACCCUUUCUUUGUGCCUAUUAUUAUUCAUUUGAAUAUAAUUUUUACGUCACAUUCAAUGCAAUACAUCAGGUCACGAAGA